AUGGCCACCCUGGCCUCGUCCCCCCCAACCUCGCCCUCGUGGCCGAAGCGACGUCCUCGCGCGUGGGCGCUUCGCUGUGAACGACUAUGCUGUGCCGCAGCGAGCUGCUUUCCCCUUGCGUUUGUGUACGGCUUGACGACGUGGGCGGUAUACGUGGAAGUCAGUAUCGGACUGAAGGAGCAUUCGAGUUCUUGGAUUGGGCUCCCGAGUACUUUUCUUGGACUUUUUCUCUACGCCUGCUUGAAUGCUAGUUAUAGCGUCGCCGUCUUUACGGAUCCUGGCUCGCCUCUCACAACACGCCGAGGAGGUCGUCACGAGUACAGCGCUUUGCCGGUCUCCGAGUACCCCGAGUUCACGUCAUACACUGUUAGCUCGUCUGGUGGAUCGCGGUAUUGCAAGAAAUGUCAAUGUCCGAAGCCGGACCGCGCACACCACUGCUCGACAUGUAAGCGGUGUGUCCUGAAGAUGGAUCACCACUGCCCCUGGUUGGCGACAUGCGUUGGGCUAUACAACUACAAGGCUUUCCUGCUCUUCCUGAUUUAUACGUCGCUGUUCUGCUGGGUGUGUUUCGCGGUUGCUGCCGUGUGGACGUGGACCGAGGUGCUGAAUGAUACCCGAUAUAUGGAUACUUUCAUGCCAGUCAACGUGGUGCUGCUGGCAAUUUUGGGAGGAAUUAUCGGUCUGGUCUUGACCGGUUUCACGGCGUGGCAUAUCAGUUUGGCCGUGCGGGGAGUGACGACUAUCGAAUGUCUAGAGAAGACGAGAUAUGUCUCGCCGCUGCGCAAGGCGCUAGACCGACAACGUCACGAGCACGGUGCAGGCAAUGGCAACGCUACGGACCCUAAUAACGAAAGCCUCGCCCACCGACUCCAAGGCUACGGCAACCAAAUAAUCGACGCCCACGCCAAUGCUAUUCCCGGCGUGACGCGCGCCGAGGAAGGCGAAGAACGUCUUUCCCCAGCACCAUAUCCCCCCGGUCAAGGCCCCAGUCUUGACAACCCUCAUAAUCCCAUGACCCCAGCACAACAAGCUCUCACGCGGUCCUACGCCGAGAUGGAACGCCAGCGUGAGCACGAUCGUUACCAAGACUGGGUCAACGACCAAGAUAGCGAGAAGAUGCCGAGUGCAUUCGACCACGGCUGGCGCCGCAACUUGGCCCACCUCUUCGGUGACAAGCCUCUACUCUGGCCGAUACCCGUGUGCACAACCACUGGUGACGGCUGGCGCUGGGAGCCGAGCCAGCGAUUCCUCGAGGCACGCGAGCGCAUCCGGGUCAGCCGAGAGCAGGAAGCUAGCAACGAGCAGCAAUAUUACCGCGACCUUUACUCGCGGAAUAUGGAUAAUAGUCAUGCUUGGGGAGUGAAUAAUGCAAGUGCAGCACAGUCGCAACAACAGCAAAGCUGGCUCGCCAACCGCCGGCCACAAGAUGCACCCGAGCGCCCGCCCACGAGUGUUUCCAUGCAAACACUUGCACCAGCCUCACCACGGCCCAGACCCGGAGAUAGUGACUUCGAGGAUGAGCCUGAGAGCAACGGUCUACUUGACCCCGAAGCUGGCAGAGGUGAGGGGUUGAAACAGGGCGGGCGUACUAGAGACACGGAUGAAUGGCGUGAUUGGGAUGAUUAA